CGGCGCGCUUGGGACGUGCUGUGCGGUCGCAGUGGCUCUGCUCUUUGCUCUCUUUCUGCCAAUGUACAAAGUUAACCGGAGGGUAGGACGUUGGAACACAUUGAAUCAACUCAUUGAAUCAAUUCACUUGAACGUCAGAUAAAAGAUGACCGAGGCUUGCUCGGACGCGGCCGGAGCCAUCAGGGCCAUCGACAGGAGCUCCGUGCAUCAGAUCUGCUCCGGACAGGUGGUGCUGAGCCUGGCCACCGCUGUCAAGGAGCUGGUGGAGAACAGCAUCGAUGCAGGAGCCACCAGCGUGGAUGUUCGGCUGAAGGAGUGCGGAGCUGAACUGGUGGAGGUGUCGGAUAAUGGCAGAGGUGUGAAGGAGGACAACUUUGAAGGACUGACACUGAAGCAUCACACGUCAAAGCUGAGGGAUUUCUCUGAUCUCAUCCAUGUGGAAACGUUUGGCUUCAGAGGUGAAGCCCUCAGCUCUCUGUGUGCUCUCAGCAACCUGAGUGUUUUGACGUGUCAUGAGUCAGCCCAGGUCGGGACCAAGUUGGCCUUCGACCAGGAUGGACGCUUAGUCCAACGCACGCCCUAUCCUCGACAGCACGGCACCACCGUCAGUCUGCAACAGCUCUUCUACACCCUGCCCGUACGACACAAGGAGUUCCAACGCAACAUCAAGAAGGAGUACACCAAAAUGAUCCAUGUACUACAUUCCUACUGUAUCAUCUCCACUGGAGUGCGAAUCUGCUGCUCCAACCAGACCGGGCAGGGAAAACGAACUUCACUCCUCAGCACUACCGGCAGCCACAGUAUGAGAGACAACAUCGGUGCCAUCUUUGGACCCAAACAGCUGCAGAGUUUAAUGCCUUUCCAGCAGUUGGCCCCCACAGACAACGUGAAGGAAGACUAUGGACUCAAUGAUACAGAGCUGCCCAAAGACCUCUUCACCAUCACUGGCUUCGUGUCCCGAGGAGACCAUGGUGUCGGGAGGAGCGCCACAGACAGACAGUUUUUUUACAUCAACAACCGGCCCUGCGAUCCAUCUAAAGUGACCAAACUGGUGAAUGAAGUGUAUCACAUGUUUAACCGCCAUCAGUAUCCGUUCGUUGCCUUGAACAUAGCUGUUGCCUCAGAGUGUGUUGACGUGAACGUCACACCGGACAAGCGUCAGAUCUUCCUUCAGGAAGAGAAGCUGCUGUUGGCCAUUCUGAAGACGUCGCUCAUCACCAUGUAUGAAGCCGGGGUCAACAAGAUCAGCGUCAGCCAGAUAACGGCUGUCGUCACCAGUUUUCACAGACCGAUGGAGCCUGGGUCUGAGUCUGAACAGUGUCAGGCAGUUCCAUCUGAUGAUAGCAUUGUAGAACCCAGAGAGGAGGGUGACCCGGUUCUUCAGAGCCCCAAACGAUCUCUCAACCUGGCCGGGUUGAAAGCUGCUUUCUCCAACCAGCACAGCUCAGCUGGAGGAACUAAGAACUUUUCAUCUAAAGCUGGAAGUGGUGGUCCAACCCAGAAGACACUGCAGUCAUUCUUCAAGGGCUCAGAAAAGAUUCCUACCAAUCGUUUAAAACCCUCAAAGUCUCCUCUGACACAAACUAGAGAGGCCAUACAGUGUUCUCCGGUCAGAGGGUCGCAGCUUGAUGCUUUCAGGUUUGGAAGGACACCAGACGGUGAUGCAGACCCUCUUAAAGACAGGGUCCCGUCUGAGUGCAACUUGGUUAAAGCAACACCGGAGAGCCUCUGCUGCCCCUCGGAGUUUGGCUCUUCUGACCAGGGAGCCAUAAUACCCAGCGCUGAUAUGGAGACCUUUAAAGGACUGUAUGACGUAUGUCAUGCUGAGCAGCCAGGACUUCAAGCUGAGCCCUUUACCUCCACUGGAGACUCCACAUCAAGUCCAGAGGCAAAGAGAGCCAGAAAAGAGGAGCCAUAUUCUCCCACAGAACCUAAAUCUACUGCUUCUUCAGACUCUUCUCAAAGAGCCACUAUCUUGAAGGUGGACGCUCCCGUCUGCAUCCAGAAGAGGACGGUGAGUCUCCAGUUCUCUUUAGGAGAGCUGAUGGGGAGGAUGAAGAGGCUGCAGGAGCAGCAGCGACAAAAGACCAAAGAUGAGCUGCACUACCGGCGCUUCAGGGCCAAAAUAAACCCCAGAGAAAACCAGAGCGCAGAGGAGGAGCUGAAGAAAGAGAUCAGUAAAGAUAUGUUCAAAGAGAUGGAGAUCAUCGGUCAGUUUAACCUGGGUUUCAUCAUCACCAAAGUCCAGUCAGACAUCUUCAUAAUCGAUCAGCACGCCACAGAUGAGAAGUACAACUUUGAGAUGCUGCAGCAGCACACCACGCUGCAAGGACAGAGACUCAUAGUGCCACAGAAGCUCCACCUUACUGCGGUUGGUGAAAAUGUGCUGAUGGAGAACAUUGAGAUCUUCAGAAAGAACGGCUUUGAGUUCAUUAUUGAUGAGGAUGCCCAGGUGAUGGAGAGGGUGAAGCUGGUAUCUUUGCCCACCAGUAAGAACUGGACGUUUGGCCCAGCGGACAUUGAGGAGUUGAUCUUCAUGCUGAGUGACAGCCCGGGGGUCAUGUGCCGACCGUCGCGGGUUCGACAGAUGUUUGCUUCCAGGGCUUGUCGGAAAUCGGUGAUGGUCGGUACAGCGCUGAGUGUCAGCGAGAUGAAGAAGCUGGUGGUUCACAUGGGAGAGAUUGAACAACCGUGGAACUGUCCUCAUGGCAGGCCCACCAUGAGACAUCUGGCCAACCUGGACAUCAUUUCACCAGACUGACUGUCUCUGAGGUCUCCAUCACACCGUCUGAAAGCCACACAUAACACCUGUCUUUCUCACUGGACUCUGAUUAGGCUUCAUACCCUGUAUUUAAGAUUCAUUUACAAAUCUUUGUUUAGAAACGUGUAUUUCUUUGUUAGCAAAAUCUAA